AAUAUUUAUCUUGUACAGUGUCAGUGUGUCUGCAUUUCAAUGAUUUGACCCACAAAAGAUGUGGUGAAUGGGCUCUGCAACUCCAAAAUGGAACUGGGUUCUUCUUCUUCUUCUACCUCUACCUCAGCCGAUUCCUCAUCGGACGGCUUGAAGUUCGGCAAAAAAGUCUACUUUGAAGAUGCGUCGCUGCCGGCGGUGGUUCCAUCGCCGGCGAAGAGAGGGAGGACCGCGGCGGCGCAAGGCGGACAGCCACCCAGGUGCCAGGUGGAAGGGUGCAAGGCAGAUCUGAGUGAAGUUAAGGCUUAUUAUUCAAAGCAUAAGGUUUGUGGUAUGCACUCCAAGUCUCCUAAGGUCAUUGUUUCUGGGCUUGAACAAAGAUUCUGUCAGCAGUGCAGCAGGUUUCAUCAAUUGAGUGAAUUUGAUCAAGUUAAAAGGAGCUGCCGUAGGCGUUUGGCUGGUCAUAAUGAGCGCCGUAGGAAGCCCCCACUUGGAUCCAUAUUGUCCACACAUUAUGGGACUCUUUCUCCUUCAAUGUUUGUGACAGGAAACAAUGGCAAAACUGGAAGCUUUGUGAUGGAUUUCGCCUCGUACCCAUAUCCGGGUGGUAAGGCCUCAUGGGACAGCCAGACCACUGGCGCGGGGAACUUUCUUCAACAACCAUGGCAGAGAAGCUCUGAAGAUCCCCCACCCAAGCUUCUUUUGCUAGGUUCGGAUGCUGCUACUGCUAGGGCUACUUAUCCCGGUCCUAGUGUUGUUCCUUGUGGAGAAUGCUUCACUGGGGUCUCCGACUCCACUCGUGCUCUCUCUCUUCUGUCAAACUCAAAUCAGCCCUGGGGCUCAAGAAACCAACUGCCCUCUGGUCUCGGGGUUAAUAGCUUACUUAACACUGAUGGAACGCUUGCUGUUCAUCCAUCCGGUUCCCAUGCUGCCGUUAUCAAUGAAUUUUCAAGUCCAUGGGGUUUUAAAGGCAAUCAAGGCACUACCAGCUCAGAUAAGAUCAUUCCUGAUAGUCACUAUUCUGGUGAGCUCGAGAUGGCUCAUCAACAAACUGGUCGAGCAUACAUGGGAAUGGAGUACUCGACGGGUUAUGAUUCUUCUGUCCAGAAUGUGCACUGGACUCUCUGAAUGUUGCCUUCUAUCAUAUGUUAUGCUAGCACACUUGUUUGAAACACAAGUGUGUUACAAAAGUUUCAUCUUUCGUUAUGUUUUUAGAUACUUGCAUUUGCUAUUCUGGAGUGUUAUUUUGUGCUCUUCUUAGGAUUAAACUAAGAUGACUUUAUCCCUGACUUUCAUGAAGCACUGAAUAAAGUUGCAUUGUGUGUUUGUCUUAAAA